GGACAAGGUUGAUGUCUCAAUCUGUAAAAAUCUGUGAAAGGUGGAGGGAUUGUCCGGUCUGCCAGUGCCAGUUAAUUGUCGCUUUUGUCCCCGCUCAAGACGGUGUUUUGAAGUAGAAACAGCACCAUACUUUUGUGUCUCCCUUAGUCACAGAAGCAUGUCUGGAAAGGAUUCAAGAUCACAGUUUUCCAACCCAGAGACUCCUGGGUAUGUUGGCUUUGCCAAUCUGCCCAAUCAGGUUCAUCGGAAAUCAGUCAAGAAAGGCUUUGAAUUCACCCUUAUGGUUGUUGGAGAGUCUGGUCUCGGGAAAUCUACAUUGAUCAACAGUUUGUUCCUCACAGAUCUCUAUCCUGAGAGGCAUAUACCAAGUGCAUCAGAAAAAAUUGAUAAAACUGUGAGCAUUGAUGCAUCGACAGUAGAGAUUGAGGAGCGCGGCGUAAAGCUGAGACUUACUGUGGUAGAUACUCCAGGCUAUGGAGAUGCCAUCAAUAACAGUGACUGCUUUGAUCCCAUCCUGCACUACAUUGACGACCAAUACGAGCGUUACUUGAAUGACGAGAGUGGCCUGAAUCGUCGUAACAUCAUUGAUAACAGGGUCCACUGUUGUUUCUAUUUUAUCUCCCCUACUGGGCAUGGUCUGAAGCCCUUGGAUGUGCAGUUCAUGAAGGCACUGCACAGCAAAGUCAACAUCGUCCCUGUCAUCGCUAAAGCUGACACCCUCACCAGGAAGGAGAUUGCAACCCUCAAGUCUAAGAUCAUGAGCGAGAUCGAGGACAACCACAUCAGAAUCUACCAGAUGCCGGACUCAGACUCGGAUGAGGAUGAGGAUUUCAAGGAGCAGAACAAGCAACUCAAGGCUGGUGUGCCUUUCGCUGUUUGCGGCUCAAGUCAGAUGAUCGAGGUCAAAGGUCGCAAAGUUCGAGGGAGACUCUACCCUUGGGGUGUAGUCGAAGUUGAGAACCCGGACCAUUGUGACUUCAUCAAGCUCCGUAGUAUGCUCAUCACCCACAUGCAGGAUCUGCAGGAGGUCACCCACGAGGUCCACUACGAAAACUUCCGCUCGGAGAAGCUGGCCAGAAGCGGGGAGAAGGAUCUGCGAGCGGGCAGGCCAGCCCAGCGUGCUCCCCCACCACCCAGGAGAGGCGAUAUCUCUGACAAAGACCAGAUGCUACAGGAGAAAGAAAAUGAGCUGAAACGGAUGCAAGAGAUGCUAGCUAAGAUGCAAGCCCAGAUGCAGGCACAGCAAGGAGCAUCCAAUGCUGACGUCUGAGAAGAGCAGACUCGCAGUGGGGACUGAUGAAGGAAGGUAUGAUUUCAGGAGCUCAUUAUGCAAGUAAAAUAAAAAAGUACAGAUCUCCCCCUAACCUUGUUGGACAACAUUCGUCGCAGACCACUUGUCAAGAGUUGAAGCCAUGGAGGAAAACUGGCCUUGUAGUAUUCAAGGAUCGUACUGUGACUCUGACCACGUGACUUGACAGCAAACUGAAACGUGCCUCUUGAUGUGUAGCAACUUGUCUUAGAAUCUGGGUGUCGUAGCAACUAAGAAUGCGUAGCUGCAUACAAACAUGUACAGUACUGUGACUGUCUAAGCCAUUUUAAAGAUUAUUUAAUCACGCUUUUCGUAUUCUGUAAUAUUUUAUACUUUUCUGUUAACAUUUCUGAAAUGUAAUCAUGCUUUUGCUCAGUAAUAGCUGUUGCUUUUGUAUAAUCCUGUUCAUUUAUUAAUUACUUUGGCCCUACUUGAAGCAAUUACAAGGAAAUUGUUUUCACUGCACACACCAAGCCUUGACACAUACUUUUGUCAUUUCUUAUCAUGUUUGCUAUCCCCUGCCCUUAAUGCUCCGAUUUCGAUAUGAUUUCACAUACACCCUAGGGGGUUAGGGUCGGGCAAACGUAGUUCAGUUGUUUUUCAGGCAUCACAUCCCGUACAUGUUUUAAAUGUACAUUUCACGAAAAGAGGCUUAAAUUUGUUUUGUUUUUGUAAUGUACUUUCCCAUCGGUCAGUAUAUAAUUAAUCUUUUUUUUUUCAAUAUAGAAUAGGCAUUUGUACCUUCAUGAAAGUGCUAGUCAUAUUUAUCCCUACAGUACUGAAAGUUUUAAUUGGGUUUUGCUUGUAACCCAAAGGCCCAGAACAUUUUUUUGCGGAAUAUUCCAAAAUCCACUCCCUACAAAAAAGCAAAAUAAACUAAAAAACAAAAACAUUCUCUUUUUUUCAAGUGUAUCAAGUAUCACGUAUAGUAAAAGCAGCUGGGCUCUACCUUCCUCAAUCCUACAGAAUCCUUAAAAACCUCCUGAUGGAUUUUGGAAGAUCGUCGACGAUUUGGGUCAAUUUUUGUUUUGUGGUGCUAUAUUUUAUAAAAAUGUCCUUUUUUAACAAGAGAGACAGCAGGGUAUUUUUCGCUGGUUCAUUCAGUGAGUGAAGCACACUGUAUAACCUCGAAAUUCAUAAUGUCCGUUCCGUUUAAUUUUGGUAUUUAACCUAGCAAAUAUCUUCCAUCAGGCAAGGGCUUGGUUAAAUGCAAGUACAUAAACUUCUACCUGCAAUAUGUCGUGUAUUCACAGCAUGACUUUAAAUUCUGUCAGGGAUUGAAUCUCAUCAAUAUUCAAAAAGUGUGAACAUCUGAAGUGAAGUCAGAAGUCAAGUUGUUUCAGUUUAACAUCGUUGGGAAAAUAACCCUGAGAAUUUUGUCAAAAACCUGGAUUGAAGUUUUUCACACAAAAGCUAAAACAAAACUACUUCGUCGUCGAAGUAAAUAUUUGGUCCAAGCCAUGAUAAACUCUCUCGCACGUUAUCAGUCUCUCUAUUUAACACCAUACUAAAGGUCAAACUGUUAUUUUGAAAUUUCUAAAAUUCCUCCAUCUAAUCACAUAUUAAACAUUAUUAUUUAAUUGAUGUUAUUGUAACUGAGUGUUACUGUCUUGUAGUGAUAACAUGUUGUCAGCGUUAGCUUCAAAGUGCAUUAAAAAAAUGGCAAAACUUGGUUUUAAUCUG